UCAAUAUGGUCAGUUGUUUGAAAUCUGAUCACGCGGUAUCGCGUGCUUGAGGGUCGAUGAUAAAACUUCGAUCACGCGAUAUCGCGGGUUGGAUCAAUGAAGUUUGUACCAUUGCGGCACGCAGCGACUGACUUCUUGGGCUUGGCAGCGAGCGUGUUAAUACAUAUUAAGAGAGGAAUUAGAAUGGUGGAAAUAAAAUGUCCGAUUACGAUAGUAUAGCAGAAACAUUAACCAGAAUGCGGCCUUUAAAUUUGUCGGAGGUGAAAGGUCCGAAGAUAUUAUCAAUCAAUGUCGGAUCGUCCGGAAGUAACUUGCAGUUCAGUUCAUUGGACAGUUCGAAACUGAAAAUUGACAAAAUGUCGGGACCAGCAGUACCUCCUACCAGUACUUUCAAUCCAGAGACUGAUAGUUUGCAUGCAUCCAUGAGGCCUAUAAUUAUGUUGGCCCAGUGCUUUUCCUUGUUUCCGGUGACAGGCGUUAAUUCUCCUAAUGCAUCACACCUCAGAUUCACUUGGCGUAGUCCGAAAUUCAUAUACUGUGCAAUUUCGUUUCUUGGUUCGUCGAUGAUGACAAUUUUCAAUGUUCUGAGGAUAACAGGAAUAAGUUCAACAGGAAUAACUUCAACAAAAAUGACUACCUUAGUUUUCAAUGGGACCAACUUGAUUGCGACCUUUCUUUUUUUAAAACUUGCCAUGCAAUGGCCUUCUUUAAUGAUAACUUGGGAUAAACUUGAAAAGGAAUUGUCAACAAGGCAUAGGAAACUUUCCAACACAACUUUGUCCGCGAAAUUCAAAAUCAUAACUAUAGUGGUGAUGAUAAUUGCCUUAGUGGAGCAUAGUUUCUCGAUCCUGCAUGGUUACAUAAGGGCCAAAGAAUGCGCUCAAUUUCGUGGAGAUCCAGAUAUUAUUGGCGUUUAUUUCCAGUCUCAAUUCCCUCAAAUAUUUUCACGAAUUUCAUAUAGCUUAUGGAAAGGUAUACUGAUUGAUAUAAUUAACAUUUUGAGUACAUUCUCAUGGAACUUCGUCGAUUUGUUUCUAAUUCUCAUCAGUAUAGCUUUAGCAGAUCAAUUUCGUCAAUUAAAUAGUCGGUUAUAUUCUAUAAGAGGAAAGUGUCAUUUCAUUGUUAAGGCGAUGCCGGAAUGGUGGUGGGCUGAAGCAAGAAGUGAUUAUAACCGCUUGGCAAACUUGACGAGACAAUUGGAUUCCCAUAUCUCGAUGAUGGUUCUUUUAUCUUUCGCCACCGAUCUUUAUUUCAUUUGUAUACAGCUGCUUUUCUCUUUCAAUCCUAUGCGAGGUAUCGUUGAGAAAAUUUAUUUUGGCUUCUCUUUUGGAUUCCUAUUGGCGAGGACGAUGGUGGUUUCAUUGUGUGCCGCUUCGAUUCACGACGAAUCCUUGCUUCCGGCUCCAAUUUUAUACAGCGUUUCCGGUAGCAGUUUCUCGACAGAAGUGAUGAGAUUCCUUUCCCAAGUGACAACAGACAGCAUUUGUUUGACUGGGAUGAAGUUCUUCUCAGUGACCAGAAGUCUCGUGUUAACUGUCGCAGGAACUAUAGUUACCUAUGAAUUAGUUCUUGUCCAGUUCAAUUCCGUCCAGCAAAAUGACACAAUGAACAGCACGAAAGUGUGUGAGUCCUACUCUUUGGAUACUUUACGAUAAUUUUGGCCAUUAAUUAACUCCUUCACGAAGAAGCACUUAUACCUACCCUUCUUC